AUGGCACUAGAACCAACUCUACUAUAUCCACCACCACCACCGCAACAACAAGACCCUUUUACCUACGGAUUCAAAGAACUCUUCAACUACAACCUAUUAACAGAUUCUGAACCUAACUAUGACUACAGUAACUUCAACCUUCAUAAUGAACAACAGCAUGCUUUUCUCAACAAUCAUACAGAGAAUUGGAGUAACAACAAUUCUUCACCGUUAAUGGAGGAUCAAGUACUUAAUGUGGUGUCAAAUCCAUCUCUAGAUACCUCAAUUCCCACUCGUUCUCGUUCCAAGAAACGCAGAGUCAAAACAAGUAAGAACAAGGAAGAAAUCGAGAACCAGAGAAUGACUCACAUUGCUGUAGAACGUAACAGGAGAAAACAAAUGAAUCAGUAUCUCGCUGUUCUUCGGUCUCUCAUGCCUCAAUCUUACGUCCAAAGGGUGGAUCAAGCAUCAAUAAUUGGAGGAGCUAUUAACUUUGUGAAGAAUCUUGAACAGAAGCUACAAUUUCUUGGUGUUGAGAAAGAAAAAGAGGGUGAAUUUGAAACUAUUGAUGGAAAUAAAAACAAACCCUUUUCUGAAUUUUUCACCUUUCCACAAUACUCAACAAGUGUCUGUGAGACAAAAAUGGGUGAUGAAGUUCAUCAAUCUAGCAAUACUAUUGCUGACAUUGAAGUGACAAUGGUGGAAAGCCAUGCAAAUCUGAAAAUAAGAUCAAAGAAAAAACCAAAACAACUCUUGAAAAUGGUUUCUAGUUUGCAUGGAAUGUGUCUCACAAUCUUGCAUCUUAAUGUCACUACAUCUCAUGAAUUUGUCUUCUAUUCUAUCAGUGUUAAGGUGGAAGAGGAUUGCAAGUUUGGAUCAGUGGAUGAGAUAGCUUCAGCUGUAUACAAAAUGUUGGAAAGGAUUCAACAAGAGUCAAUAUUGAAUUAA